AUGACUGCCAACUGUCUGAAAGAAUCAAUGGUAGGGUCCUCAGAAUUGAAUGAUGAGAAUUCAAACAGGACACCUGUAGCACUUGAUAGCGACGAUAGGAACAAGAGUGAAAGGGAAAAACGGCGGAAGAUGGAGCCUUUUAGCAGCCACCACUCACCCACCUCCCUUACCAACAACUGUGUGGAGUUUAACCUGCCGGGGCCCUGGUCCCUGUUGAUUGGUUGUGGCAACUGUAAGGAGAAAGGAGCCUCCCAAAAGGGUGAUUCUCGAAGGGGGGCAGGUGGUGCCACUUUGGGUUGA